UCAAACAUGUCUAAAAAGUUAUAAAAAAUACAUUAUUUAAGCCUCAUUAUAUAUGAAAAUACGCGGGAAAAUAUUUUUCAAUAUAUUUAACACUAUAGUUUUAUGAUCUAAUAAAGUAACCGUACGGGAUAGUGCUCGUGACCUAGCAAGACAUCGUUUUGAAGGAUACUAAAAUGGAAUUCACCGCUGAUAAUUAUAAGCCAGCGGAUUCUAAAAGAGAAGAGUUUCGUCGAUAUUUAGAAAAGUCUGGUGUCCUUGAUUCUUUAACUAAAGUUCUUGUGGCACUUUAUGAAGAACCAGAGAAACCAUCAAGUGCAGUAGAUUUCUUGAGGCAGCAUAUUGCUGGAGGUCCACCAGACAACUCAGACAUUGAAGCAUUGAGAUUAGAAAUAUCGCAAUUGAAAGAGAGAAAUAAAGAACUAGAAAUUGAACUUUCCAUUCUUAAAGGCAAGUGUGAAAAAGUAGAAGAUAAAGUUGAAGUUCAACAGACUUCCUAACAACCGUUGCGUAAAGUUACAUUUCCUACAAUGAACUUUUACAUAAAAUUAUUAACUUAAAGAUUCUGAAGCAACAUCGUAUUUUUGUGGUUCUAUUGUAUAAAAUUUCUAUAAAAAUAAAUGUUGUAUUUAA